AUGUUUACGGAAGUCAAAGCAAAUAAAGGCUUCGGAAGCGGCUCCCAUGAUUCUAGCAUAAAGUACACUUACGAACUAGUCAAGGACAUCUCUGAGUUUGUCAUGAAGAGAAUACAGAUAAGUCCAAAAGUCGGCAUUAUCUGUGGGUCUGGAAUGGGGGAAAUAACAAAGGAAUUAUCAGGAAAGGUUGAGAUAAGAUACAAGGACAUACCUCAUUUUCCUGUUAGUACCGUCCAAGGCCAUGAUGGCAAGCUUGUCGCUGGUAAGAUGGGUGGUGUAGAGGUUAUAUGCAUGCAAGGAAGGCUUCAUUAUUACGAAGGAUAUCCUCUAUCCACAUGUUCUAUGCCCGUCAGGAUGAUGAAGCUCUGUGGAAUAACACACAUUAUAAUCAGUAAUGCAGUUGGGGGAAUUAAUCCAGACUAUAACAUCGGCGACAUCAUGAUUGUAAAGGAUCAUAUUAAUUUUCUUGGGUAUGGUGGAGUCAGCCCACUAAUUGGGGCCCACGACGAAAGGUGGGGGCCAAGGUUUGUUCCCAUGGACAAAGUAUACUCACAGGAGGUUCGAGAAAAAGCAAAGGUUGCUGCUCAAAGACUUGGCAUCGAGCCUUUCCUUAGAGAGGGUGUUCUUUCCAUUGCUGGCGGGCCAUGCUAUGAAACUGUUUCUGAAUCGCGGAUGUUACAUAAGCUAGGGGUUGAUGCCAUUGGAAUGAGUGCGGUGGGAGAGGCCAUUACUGCACACCAAGCCGGGCUUACAGUGUUUGGGUUCAGCCUCAUUACAGGCAAGUGUCCCAUGGAAUAUGAUGUUGAUUCUGAGAUAAGUCAUGACAAGGUGGUUGGGUGUGCCCAAGAACGCGGGAUAUUAGUUGGGAGGUGGCUAUCGGAGCUCAUUGAAAUCCUAGCACCAAGCUUGUCUUGUGCUCGGACAUAA